AUGUUAGUAACUUCCCGAUCUUUACCAUCUCUUAAUUUGGGUUUCCAUUGUGAAAAGCCAAUCUCUGAAAAUUAUCCACAUCUCCSUCGCUGUCCAAAGAUUGAAGAAGGCAUUAAGAAAUGCCAACAACUUGGCAAAAAGGUCAUCCUAUCCCUUGGUGGACCUACAGGGGMUGGAACUUUGCCCUCACCGGGCAAGGCUCGUGAGCUGGCUAAUACAUUGAAUGAUCUCUUCCUUGGUGGGAGCAGAUCCGACGGAAGUUUAAGCCUAAGGCCGUUUGAAACUGCAGUAAUGGAUGGUAUUGAUCUGGACAUUGAAGGUGGUCGAGGUGAUCAUUAUGAUAAGUUUAUCAUAGAAAUGAGAAGGAUCAUGGACGCUGACCAGAAAAAAGAGUACCUCCUWACGGCCUCACCACAAUGUCCUUACCCAGAUCACUACUUGGGGCCUGGGGGYCAGUCAGGUCUUGAGCUCGCUGGUGAGCAAAUGGAUCACUUAUACAUCCAGUUCUACAAUAACUACUGCCAUGCUGGAGCCGGAGAGAGCUUUAAUUCUACUCUUAAAAWAUGGCGUGGUUUCUCUGAGUCACGCAAAAGCCGUGGUCCUCUGAUAUUCAUUGCUUUGCCAGCACAUGCGAAGGCUGCAUCGAGUGAAGAUAAUUACCUCACACCAAGCAAGCUACAAACACUCUACACAAAAGUUGGCAGGCUAAGUUCAAUUGGUGGAAUCAUGCUUUGGGACGCAUCUUGGGACCAGGCAAAUGUCAUAGACGGAAAGCGUUACUCAGAACUCGCCUUUCGUCAGCUGAGAGAUUCCACAAUAGCGCCAACACCUACCACAUCACCCCCGUCAGGUGGCUUUUGCCAUGAUAAAAGUGAUGGUCUUUACGCCAACCCUGAUGACAAUACUAAAUACUACAGUUGUAAAGGUGGAGUGACGACAAAUCACCAAUGUGAAAAUGGCCUUCAAUUCGACAGUGUAUUAAAGACGUGUACUUUCUUAUGAGUCACGUGACGACAGUAGYCAAUARGAAACGCUUGYAACCGUGACAYGUAAUCGAUGAUAUUGCAUGACAUAUAUUCAAUGGGGCCUGUAAUCGCAAUUUAAACUGAUAAACCUCUUUAAAUCGGCUUAAAAUUUAAAUUUAGUGUCAAAUUAAA